ACAAUGUGUUUCCAAACAACACUCCUUUUCACUCGACAGGCUGCGUCAACCACUUCCUCAUUUCAACUAAAAAGUUUUCGGGUGAAGAAAUUGAUUGCUACUUUGUAUCUCUGACAUUUCAGAUGAUCAGAUACUGUAGUUACUUACUCCGUUGAUAUUAUUACUUAAUAGCUAAGAGGCUACAUUGUAGCUACUACUUAAUCGCGUUGGGAGAGGUCACAAGAAAAUAAACAUGGACAAUACUGGUUUUCCUAGACAAAAAAAAAUCAAGCUUGUGAUAAAAACACCUAAUCAAGCCCACGGGGAUCAAACGAUUGAAGGAGUUGACAUGGACUGGUCAGUGAAAGAGUUGAAGACACAUUUGUCGAGAAUGUACCCAAACAACCCGGCUGAAAGUGAUCAGAGACUAAUUUACUCUGGCAAGCUGCUUUCAGACCACCUGCAUGUAAGAGAUAUUUUCAGAAAGACGGACCUAACACCCACUGUGCACCUGGUGUGUGCAGUAAGGACUCAGCCUAUAGGUCCACUAGGAGCAAGACCAAAGGUCAGGGAAUCAGAGCAGCAAGAGGCACAAACAUCGGCCAUGCCUACCGGUCAGAACCCAGAGGGUGCCUCCCGAGCCCCAUCUGUGCCCACUGAACUAGAACUGAGACAGCGCAGGCCCCCUGCCCCCUCUCACACCCCACCAGCAGCUGCAUGGCCUGGCACUACAACGCUAGUGGCAGCAGAGAUGACAAACCCAACCUUCCCCACUUACUCCCUCUACAGCCCUCAACAGCUUCUCUGGCUGCAGCACAUGUAUGCUCGCCAGUACUACAUGCAGUACCAUGCAGCCUACGCAGCAGCAGCAGCCUCUGCCCCCUUUGCCCCAGCCGCCGGCCCAUCCCUGCCUGUCGCACCCCACCAAGCCGCUAUCCCAGCAGCCCUGCCAGCCAAUCAGAAUGCACAGGAUGCCGCCUUCAUCAACCCGGGGGCAGCCAAUCAGAACCUGCGGAUGAAUGCCCAGGGCGGACCUGUGAUGGAGGAUGAGGAGGAUAUCAAUCGGGAUUGGCUUGACUGGGUGUACACGGCUGCACGUCUGGGUGUCUUCCUCAGCAUCGUCUACUUCUACUCCAGCCUGAGCCGCUUCGUCCUGGUCAUGAGCAGCCUCCUCCUUAUGUACCUGCACACAGCAGGCUGGUUCCCCUUCAGGAGAAGGCCCCUGGUCAGAGGUCCCAACAACCAGGUCCCCGAGGUCAUCCAGAACCACCAGGACAGGAACCCAGUUCCACCUAUGGAGGACCCUGCAGGAGAAGAGGGGGCCGGGGCGGAGGCUGAGGUUGAUGAACCACACCCCCUGACUGCAGUGCUGGUGCCUCCACACAGGGUGUCCAUCGUUUGGACUGCCUGGAUCUUUUUCAAAGCCUUCUUUGCCUCCCUCGUCCCAGAGGCCCUAGCAGUGGCUAACUGAAUUAUCAACUUUUCCAGCAGGGGGCACACUGGUGCUGAAUUUACCCAGAGUGUUAGACUUGCCUCUGUCACGGGAAGUCCUCCCUCUUUGGACCUCUGGAUAGUAGAUGCCUGGACUAUUUGUGAGAAAUCCUGAAUGAUUUAGGGCUUCAAUGCAUACAAAUCCCUGCCUGUAGUCUGUUGUGUGUGUUUAGGGAUAUGGUGGUUCAUUCGGCACUUCCUGCCUUAUGAUAGUGACCAAAUGGUUGUAUAUGCAGUAUAGUACAUACACUUCUCGCUGCCAAAUGGUUGUAUAUACUGUAAAUGAGUAUUGGAACAAAAAAUGUAAAUAUUAUUCUAUUGUCUGUGUAACAGGGUUGGUUAUGUUUUCACUUGACACUGCAGAAACCUGUAUUUUGAUUGUGUAUUCCUAUUGGUUGGUUAAAUUUACAUAUCAGUAA